AUGGCGCUGAGCUAUGGGCUCUUCAUCUGCUUUCUGCUCUGGGGCGGCACGGAGCUCUGCUACUCCCAGUCCAUAUGGCAGAGAGGGACCCCCCGCGUUGUGAUGAAGUGUCUGGAGGCCCAGCUCGUGGUCACUGUCAGCAAAGACCUUUUUGGCACUGGAAAGCUCAUCAGGCCUGCAGACCUCACCCUGGGCCCCGACUGUGAGCCCCUGGUCUCUGUGGACACCGAUGAUGUGGUCAGGUUUGCGGUUGGGCUACAUGAGUGUGGCAACAGCCUGCAGGUGACGGAGGAUGCCUUGGUGUAUAGCACCUUCCUGCUCCACAACCCCCGCCCCGUUGGAAACCUGUCCAUCGUGAGGACGAACCGCGUGGAGGUGCCCAUAGAAUGCCGCUUCCCCAGGCAGGGCAAUGUGAGCAGCCAUGCCAUCCUGCCCACCUGGGUGCCCUUCAGGACCACAGUGUUUUCGGAGGAGAAGCUGGUUUUCUCCCUGUACCUGAUGGAGGAGAACUGGAGCUCGAAGAAGAGGUCCCCCACCUUCCAGCUGGGAGAUACAGCCCACCUCCAGGCCGAAGUUCACACGGGCAGCCAUGUGCCCCUGCGACUGUUCGUGGACCACUGUGUGGCUACACCGACGCCAAACCGGAAUGCCUCCCCUUAUCACACCAUUGUGGACUUCCAUGGUUGUCUCGUGGAUGGCCUCUCCGAUGCUUCAUCCGCUUUCAGAGCACCCAGACCGGGGCCAGAGACUCUCCAGUUCACCGUGGAUGUGUUCCACUUUGCCAAUGACUCCAGAAACAUGAUAUAUAUCACCUGCCACCUGAAGGUCACUUCAGCUGACCAAGUCCCAGACCAACUAAACAAAGCCUGUUCCUUCAGCAAGUCCUCCAACAGCUGGUCCCCAGUAGAAGGCACUGCUGAUAUCUGUCACUGCUGUAACAAGGGCAGCUGUGGCAUUCCAAGUCGUUCCAGGAGACUGGUGGGACAGGGGCAAGAGUCUGCUUCCCGCAGGCGCAGGCACGUGACAGAAGAGGCAGAUGUCACAGUGGGGCCACUGAUCUUCUUGGGAAAGACUGGUAACCCUGACCCUGACGUGGAGGAGUCGACCUCUUCUCUCACCUCUUUGAUGCUGGGGUUAGUCCUAGCAGUGGUGGCAUCCCUGACUCUGGCCAACAUUGUUCUGGGUCUUGCCAAGUGGCGUCAGGCUGCUGUCCACUCUGGGAAGUGA